AUGUCCUCCAACUCAUCACGCACACCAUCACCAACUAGCAAGACCCCCAUAUCGACGUUCAUAAUCCCUACACCCGCCUCCGAGGAUCACAUAACGCGGUACAAAGAGAUCCGACUCGCAAGCCUGCUCACGAACCCCGAGGCAUUCGGGUCGCGCUACGGCAGCGAGAACAACGGUGGCAGCGAGUCUGCGCUCACGUUCGCCCAGUGGGAGGAGCGCGUCAACACGCCCGGGCGGAGCAUCUUCGCCGCUGUACCGGCGUCCGGCCCGAGCGCAUCACUUUCUCCCUCGCCUUCUCCCUCGCCUUCCCCUCCUCCUCAGCAAGCCACCAUUAGCCUUAAUGGCGUACACAGCGAACCACAAUGGGCCGGCACCCUCUCCCUCCUCUCCCCAGCCAUGCUCGCGGGGAUCCCGAAAGGCCUUUCGGACCCGAUGCACGUCGCCUACCCACCCGAGAUCGCUGAGGCAGAGCGGAGGGGCGACGCAGAGAUCUGGAUGCUCGUUGGGAUGUGGGUUCGGCCAGGGUAUCGUGGGCAGAGCGUUGGGAGGAUCUUGAUUGAAAGGGCUUUUGAAUUUGUAAGGCAGGAUGAGGGGAUCGCAGAGCGAGAGGGGGAUAAGGAGAAGGGAGCAAGGAAGAGGAAAGACAAGAUCGUGAUGCUGAGGGUGAUCAGUUCGAAUGCGUCUGCUGUCAGGUUGUAUGAGAAGGCGGGAUUCAGGAGGACGCCCAUUGAUGAUGCCGAGUUGGAGGAGGGACAGUCGCCUGGGCAGAGUUGGAUGAGCAUCAAACUCUUUUCGAAGUGA